UCAGUGUCCUCAAAAAUCGUCUUUUGUGAAAUAUCUGAACGGGGAUCACUGACAAUAUGUCUACAGGCUUAUUAGUGUUUGAAACUUUGUAUAAAAUUAAACUAAAUGCAAUCGUAGAGUUUGUGAUUAUGUAUGAAAAUCUUAAAGCCGCUUAAUGUCAUCACACCGAUGCCGCAUGGAACGGUAGAUACAGCCUUGUUAACGACUCCGUAGAAGUAUUACAAACCAAAAGUAAAAUCGGCUUUACUACUUAUCUCAAUACGUUCGACGUGACGCUGGAAGUGAUUGGUUGUAUUUUGUUUAAUGUCCCCUCUCGAGAACUUUUCACUGAUAUGGAGACGUCCCCAAUACCACUGAAGGGCUUCAAAGUUAAGCCUAUGCUCGGCGCUUACAGCCAUAAAACGAUGAGAGUUCUUUAGCAUGCUACACUUACUGUGACACGGGGCAUCCAUUUUUACGAUAAUCCCCGAGGUCCCGUGACAUUCACACCUGAUGCCGAGCGUUUGGUGAUGGAACUGUUACCACCUGUUCUAACGACGGGAUUUGAACCGUGAACUUCCACAUGUGGGGCGAAUGUUCAACCUCUAAAAACGAAACUCGGACAGGGACAAUCAGGUUGCAAACGAGCAUUAUGUUCAUAGAGCAAUCAACAUGAUGUAAUUUACAAAUUAAAUAUUCAUUUAUAAGAAAAUAUGUUAGUGACUAAAUUGUUUUAAAGAUAAAUACGUCCGAUUUCUCUUUUUUAAAACCAAAGUGUCGCUUUUUUCUGGUAACAUUACAGGCUAAUACUACUAAUCGAUGAUGUAAAACAAUAAAUCACAUCUCAUGCCAAGAAUUUUGAUGUGAAUGCUAGAAUGAUAUUUUUGUGUAAGGUAUCUUACAUUAUAUUUGAUUUUUUUUUCAACCAUGUAAAAAUGCCACCAGCUUUAUUGGGGAGUGUAGGGUUGUAAGGACCAGAUAAGCCAGUCUGAAUAUGAUAUCAAACUUAUACUUUCAUGAUGCCGGGCUUCUGCACUCUAUCGCAAAGACCACUUAAGAUCUAUGGUUUUUCCCAUAAAGCAUGUCACCAAUAUAAUUUUCGGUCUUUUAACAAGAAAAAGCAAAGGUGAUUGGCAUGCAUUAUCACAACUAGAAAGGCACCUGUAUAAACUAUAUUUUUAUCUAACUGCGAUUAAGAGCCUUUGUGUGGUUUAACAAUAGUUUUAAUACCUGUGUGUAAUAGUAUAUCUUUCCGCAUUCCAAAAAAUAAAACUUUGGAAAUUGAAUUAUGAAUUUUCACUCGCUUCGGUACUGUAUUUACAUGUUACACCAGCAACAGAAGUUCAGGUCUUUGAAAUAGAAGUUCCAGAAAUCGAAAAAUAUGGAUGAUGUCAACAUCAUUUGCGCAACCAACGACUCUUUGUGCAAAGAAAUUUUGAAAAACUUUUUGACAUCAAUCCAAAAAGAUUACUUACUUAAAAAUGUACAGAAAAAGAAUGAUAAAGAAACAGUUUUAUCAAAAUCUUCAAUAUUCGUAUUCUUAAACUGUCCAGAAAUCAAUGAAGAUAUCAAUGCUGCAUUAAAUGGCGUCAAUCCAAAAGAAUAUUUCAUUAUGAUGAUUAUUGUUUCGCAUGGACGGCGAUGUGAAAAGAGUUGUAACCCAAGUUUCACUGUCAGCAGUAAAGUUAGAAUGUGGUGUUCUAUUUGGGGCGCAGAAGACAACACGUGUCCCAAUACAGAAGAGAAUAUGAAUGCAAAUAUCAUGUUGGAUUGUUUCUUAAAAAUAAUUAACAGCCAAUGUGCCAAAAUGAUGGAUAUUAAUGGAAAAGAAGGCAUUCCAUGUACACGUAAGUAAACAAAUUUAUAGCAA